AUGCGCUUGCUGAGCACGCGGACGGAGAAGAUCAAGGAGUUCUAUGGUGAUGUACCAGACUACGCCAUUCUCUCCCACACGUGGGAGAAGGAAGAGGUCCUUUUUCAAGAUCUCUUUACUGGAAACCAUCGUUGGAAGAGGGGGUGGGAUAAAGUACGGAAUUGCUGCAAGGUGGCCGCUCGAGAUGGCUGGGAUUGGAUAUGGAUCGAUACCUGUUGUAUCGACAAGAGUAGCAGUGUCGAGUUGUCGGAAGCCAUCAAUUCCAUGUUCAGAUGGUACGCGGAGGCGUGCGUGUGUUAUGCGUAUUUAAGUGGCCCGUCGUCUCAGAGGUUUGCAUAUCGCAAAUGGUGGACACGAGGCUGGACACUUCAAGAAUUACUCGCGCCAAAACAUGUCGUCUUCCUGGACGAAGCGUGGAAUGUCUUGGGUACUCGAACCUCCCUCGGCGAUGAAAUUGCCAGAGCUUGUGGAAUCACAGGCGACGACAUCCACGACUUCAAAAUGAACCGCGCCAGCAUUGCAAGGAGGAUGCAUUGGGCGUCCGAACGAGAGACCACAAGGCUUGAGGACGAGGCGUACUGUCUCUUAGGCAUCUUUGGUGUCCAUAUGCCGUUGCUGUAUGGUGAAGGAAAGGCGGCGUUUCGGAGACUGCAAUCCGAGAUCAUGAAGGUGUCAGAUGACGAAUCAAUAUUUGCCUGGACGCAUCUCGAAGACGGCAAGGACUGUGAAAGCUUGCUUGCGCCCGAAGUCAGAUGCUUUUCCAAGUCACAAUAUUAUCGUCCCAGGCCAAACCACGCACUCAGGCCGGUGUUUGAAGUAACUAAGAGGGGUGUCUCCAUGCUUGUGACGUUGUACGAAGUGUUGCAGCGCCGACCCUGUCGAGGGAAACGUCCUCCUCCGAACCGUAAACUGUACCUGGCGCCGCUGAACUGCAUCGAGGAGAACAGGAAAUCACUCUUGGCCCUCGUGUUGAGAGAGGUAGGGCCGAACCUGUUCGUCCGCGAUAAAUACGAGCCUGUGCGCGUGAUAGGUAACCUCGAAAGAUACACUAAAGGCUGGGACAAGGUGGAAAAGGUCGUGGCAUUGAUCGAUAGGAGAGUUGAAAUUGCAUCAAGGGAGUCUCAUGGGUGUAUACGACUCAAAAUCACUUCGUCCUAUUUCAUCGAGCUCGCCUCCAUGGCGGCGUCCUGGAACACCGCGGUUCAAGGAGGCAUACGGUCUUAUGCUUUGGACUAUGGAGCCUCCUGGGAAUAUGGUGCCGAACGCUCGUCGGCAAAUCAUGGCUGGAUCUACUGCGGGUGUGGUAAGAAAUGCGCAUGUGCACAGCAUCCCCAGCAAUUUUUAAUCACCUGCCGAUACCGUCGUGCAUUUUGGGCGUAUCCCCAACGAUUCACCAUUCUGGCUGAUCGAAAUUGGCGCGAUGGAAUCCCCGAAAUCUCGCUGAGUUUGCUUGGAGGCCAUCAGACUGCAGCAUAUGAAAGCGGAAGCCAUCCCGGUCUGAAGAGUCCCUCCAGAACCUUCUUCAAAUUCUACUUAGGACACGGUGUUCGGGCCGUGGCUCAAUGGAGGCCUGUUCCCAAGGACGACUUCUUCCCGUCGCCGGUCCCCUAUAUGAAUCUGCACAUCGCCGAAGAUAACCACAGAUGGACAUCAUCCCCGUACGGUCUUUUCCUCUGGGUUCGAAGGUCCAUGACCAUGCUUCGGCGGCAGGAAUCAGUGACUUUCAAGGACAUCCUCACGCCUGUGAAUAUCAAGGAGCUCUUCCAACGUGAACACUUCCAUCGGGAACUGGUCUUCUUUGGGUUAUGUGUCAUGGCAGGGAUUGGUGUCCCGGGUCUCAUACUUUUUGCUAUCUACCCUCCGCUGUGGAGCCUCUGGGUAUCAGAUGCCGUUCUGAUAUGGCGCAACGGCGUAGAUUUGUCUCGGUCCCGUCGCUGGAGCAUCGGAACUUGCUGGUGGCCUCCCAUUACGGCUGCGUGCCUUCUGGUCUGGCUGAGGCAGCACAUGCAAAUGCUACGGUACUUCCCAUACCUGAAGAAAUGGCUGUUUGUUUUUCUGGUGCUGAGAUAUAGUGCGAACCUCGCUGAGCUGUUGCAGCUGGGCAUUGCGAAGCUCAACGAUGCAGGCGCCUGGGCAAGGCUUCGUGAAUCCAUACCGCCGAUUGCGAUUGUCGUACAGUUAGUAGCUUUUGCUUUGUCGUUUUGGCAUGCGCAGUAUAUCACAGCGAAUGCGGUCCGUUGGGAAAGAGGAGAUCAGUAG